AUGCAAUCAUUACCAAAACUUAUUAAACGACCGGCUUAUGUAGAAAUGUGUUGUAAAAGAGAAUAUGAUUAUAUCGAUGCAUGUUGGUCAUCAUAUGCAUUAUGUUCAGAUGAUGCAUACAAAACACUUAAUACACCCAUUGUUUAUAAUAAGAAAAUUAUUGAUCCUGAAGUUCUAUUACCACUUGAUGCUGAAUUACUCUAUUAUUCAAUACAAUCAGCAAAACGUCAACAAGAAAAACAACAAAAAUAUUCAUCAGAAUCUAUGUCUGUUCAACAACAGCCACAAAUAAUAGAAAAUCAGCAAGAAAAUACAGUACCAUUUGUUUCUGGCAAGAAAGAUAUACCAGCUCAAGUGAAAACUACAGUAGAUAAAUCAGAAAGACUACUAAAAGUCAAGUCUUCAAAACGUGUCAAAGCCAAAAAAAUCGUCACAAUCCAUACGAAAGAGGACAAAGAAGAAUAA